GACGUUUACAUCGUUACCCAAAUAUUCGCCAUCAUCGUAUUUGCAAGGAAGGAUGUGUGUCAGUGAGGUUGCGUGGUACAACGUUGAUUAAGUGAUUAAAGUGAAUUCGAACGUGAUUAAAGAUGUAUCCUCAUAAUCAUUAUCGUUGCUCGGGUAACUCAGCAAUUGUCAUUGAAUUGGAGAACCAUGAGGAAUGGCCUGAACUAUCUUCUGAAAGAUUGCUGCGCAAAAACAGCACUCCACAAACAGCGCCAUUGUGUAUUCCGGAAAAUACGGGAAGCACCUCUUUGGUGAAAUAUCGUGAAGAUUUAAAUGACGAGGAAUAUCCAAAACUUGGUGAAAAGUUCAUAAAAAGAAAAUAUAGUUUAUCUAUAAAUAAUGGGACUGAUAUCAUUGAUGUACGGCUUGGUAACGUUGGUAUAGAGGAAGCCAGUGAAAUUAGAAAACCAUGGAAGAAACCUAGAAGUUCUGACUUAAUAUACAUCAAUCUACACAAAGCAUCUGAGAAUCUUUCACGUUUCAAGUCUUGGGAAACUGAUAAAUGGGCAGGAAAAAAAAUGCAUACUUGCCACCUAAACUUAGAUAUAAGAAAAAGUUUAAAGAAUUCUCAUUUUGAAUGUAACUGUCGAGUUGUAAAAGAUAAAUUGAAUCAGGCACAUUCGAGACGUGGAAAAACCUCAAAGUUGAAACAAACAAUUUUGUUUGCUCGCGAAUUAAAAACACAAAUGAACAUACGUAAACGGGAAUUAUUUGAAUUAGAGAAAAUGCAGGCUCUGACUAAGGAUGUCUCUGAGAUUGAUUUUGAUAAAUUAAAGAUUGAUGUAGGUCCCAAGGUUGAUGUUGAUUUCUUGCAAUCAAUGUCAAGAAUGACACUGUACGGUUCCAAUCAUAGAAAACCAAGAAUUGAACCUAUAGCAGAGCAAAGCUUGCAAUGUCAAAAUCGUAUCACACAGAGAUUGGAGCAAUUACUCAUUCAAACAAACCGAGAUGAAUUUGUAAUAUCCAAAAACAAUGACACAGUCAGUCAAAAGAAUUUUGAGACCAUUUCUCCAGAUUUCAUUCACAAAACGUUGUGUCUGGAAAUAUGUGAUGAAACUGGAGAAACAGCACAAUGUUAUAUACAACCAGAAGAAAACUAUCAGCUUAAAUAUUCUAAAAAGUUUCGAGAAUACUGUACGAAUAUAUUGACACAAGGCCUAAACGAAUCUUCUGAGAAAUUUCUGGCAGAGAUAGUGAGGCUUCAGAGAAAAUUAUACGAAAGAGACAAUAUUAAGGGAAAAUGCAAACGUAGAUAUUACGCAGGUAUCAAAGAAACGGAAAAGCAUAUUGAAUUGAAAAAGGUAAAAUUUGUCAUGAUAGCACCGGAUUUGGAAAAAGUUGAAAUCGAAGGUGGAUUAGACGAGUCCAUAUACAAACUAAUCGGAACUUGUAGAAAGCACGAUGUCCCAUUUUGUUUUGCCCUCGGCAAACGCAAGAUAGGAUAUCACACGCACAAGAAGGGUUGUGUCAGUUGUAUUGGCGUGGCUAAUUACAGUGGUGCUGAAGACAAAUUUAAAAACGUAUUGGAGGAAUUGGUGCAUGCUAAAAAUGUUUAUCAUAAAUUGAGCAGCAAAAGUGAUAAAAUGAUUGAUUUGGGUAAAUUGAUUCCUGAUAAUGAUUUGCUAAUCUCUGAACGCAUCAACUGUUUGCUGAGAAUUUUAGGCUCUUCAAACUGAAGUUUCGUACAGAAUUUUCAAUUAUUGCGAGAGUGGAUUAAAACUCUGCUGUCAUGUAUCAGAAUAUUCGUUAGAAACUACUUGUGAACACCUCGAUCCGUAUUAUCAUAUUCAGUAAGAUCAUUUGAGUUUUUUAUAUUUACAUUUAUAUUAUUUACAUAAUCACCGAAUAUCAUAUAUGCAUGAUACUUUUGUGGAAUAUUUCAGACACAUUAUCACUAAGAAAUGUAUAAAAUAGGCAUUCACAAUAUUGUCGUGUCAUUUUAUUAAAUCAAUAAAUGGGUAUUGAUAAUUCAAACUA